GUUGAUUCACAGCCCAAGCCUCCCUGGGCGUCUUUCUCAAAGCCAACCAAGUUUCCCUUUCUGUUUCACGCAGCCUAAGUUUGCUAGCAUAAUUGUUUCGAUCGUUCCUUGUUGCGCUGGCUCGCUUUCAGUUUUUUCACUUCCCGCAACCCAUUUCCCCCGACCCACUCAUUAAACACCCAACUCUAACAAUUCACUCACUACCAGAGCUACCUUGGAGGGUAUCCGGAUGACUUGGACCUUGGUUUCUAACAUACUCUUGCCGACCUUCACCUGGCCUCAUCGUGUUCUGGGGUCAGUCGCGCUAGCCUCAUCGAUUCCGCCCGCUCCACAGCGCGCCCAUCAAACCAUCCGCCGACUCGUUGGCUUUCUCCCUUCAUAUCUACCUCGCCUCUCUCGUCGCUACUGUACUUGGGUGGGCAUUGAAUUCAAAAAUCAAAUUGUGCAGCUUCCGUUCGGGAUAGUGUUGAAAUGGUCAGAUGGUACACGGCUUGAGGAAGUCUCGGCUAUGAUGAUUGCGCGUUCUGCUGGUGUCCCCGACUUGGGACUAGCGCACAAACACCUGAACGAAAAAGAGCUGCAAACCAUAUCCAAUGAGAUGCACGCUAUGCAAAUCGCCAUGCAGAGUUGGCCUCACCCUUGGGGAGGGGAGCGUAUCUGUUCAGUCAUGGGGACGUCUAUCAGAAGCGCGCCUGUUCCAAACCAUUCGAUUGGGCCAUGCGAGUCAGAAUCUAAGUUCAAUGACUAUCUACCCAGCGUUGCUUCUGAAUAUCAUUCUCCAUCUCGAGAUGUAUUUGAGCAGAGGCUUGCCUGUGUAAGGAAGCUACACUCUGUACACCAUCCUAUUGUUUUUACGCAUGGUGACCUGAAGCACCACAAUAGUAUGGUUCAUAAUGGCCAUGCAUCAGGAUCUAUUAAUUGGGAGUCUGCAGGCUGUGAGCGAGCCCUUACCUCACUAACAGUCGAUUCUUAUGCCUGGUAG